AUGUCAGACAAAAACGAUGACAUUGAAGCCGUAUUGACUUCCCCCAGUGCAGACUAUGGAUCCACCACAGAUGAACCCAGUUCCUUCAAGCCUAGUAAAUGGGACAAAUUAUUCAAUUUCGAUUCCAGCAAUAAGCACGAUAAGAUACUAGCCUUGAAAAUUGACUUCUUCAUACUAACCUAUAUUUGUGUUAGUUAUUUCAUCAAGAAUCUAAGCCAAAUGAAUAUCAGAAAUGCCUAUGUUAGUGGUCUAAAAGAGGACCUCAAUUUUCAGGGUAACCAGUAUAACUACUUACAAACUUGGUGGCUUGUAGGAUACAUUCUAGGAGUUAUUCCGGCUCAAGUUGCACUAUGUAAGGUCAGAGCUUCAAUUCUCUUGCCUCUGCUAGAAAUAGCUUGGUCUGUUGUCACCAUUGGUAUAUGUAAAGUUGAGUCAGUUCACACAUUAUAUGGACUUCGAUUUUAA